CGUCGACAUGGACCACGCCCAGCUGCUUGAGCAGCGUCUGCAGCAAAUUAAUUUCGCCGAGUGUCUUUUGCAGCAGCCCGCGGACUUGGCCAAGUGCUUGAAAGCCAAGACGACAACGCAGAAAAGAAACCAAUCGACAAACUGGAGAAAAUACCAGCUAAGCGAUAAAUCUAUGAAAUUAUUAGCAACGCCAAAUGAAAUCGAAGGGAAACGUGAGAAAGGACCAGGGGGAGUAGGAGAGGGAAGGAGAAGGAGCAGUGGAUGCCAGUCGAUUUCAGCGAUGCUUGGAGAGUUCUUGAUAAAUGGCAACUGAGAAAUCGCAUUUGGAGUCUCAGCUGCCAGGAGAUGGAACGAGAGUGUGUGUUUGUGUGUGGGGUUAAUUGAAUUUAAUUGCCCACUUAAUGGUGCAAUAAGCUGAGUGCAAGCACAAGAAAAGAAAGUAAAUCUUGCGUGGAACUUGACCA